UAUUAAAAUUUGGAUUUGUACCUAUUCACCCCCCCCCCCCCUCUAGGUCCAUCUUGAUCCUUUUCAGCGCUGUCGAUGAAGGUGGCGGCGGGGCCUUCGUUGCUCUGCCUCUUCUGCAGGGGGCUGCGUGCUCCGGGACGGCGGCCCUGUUCAGAGUGGCGUGAUCGGCCCUAGGUAGGCGAUGGCGCGGGCAUCAGCCGACGACCUCGGCCAUGUGGACGGCAAGCGAACCGAAGGACGUGAGCCUUGGUGCACCGGUAGCCUUCGUUGUUGGUGGCACCAGAUCUGACUGUCCCUGCCUCCUAUGUUGUCGGGCGAGCCCUGCCCCGGUCGGAUCCGGUCUGCUCUGUCGUGGGGCGCCGGUUCUCGCGUCGUUGGGAUGUGGGUAGUGGGGAAGUGAAGACCGCGAGAAAUCCCAGCUGACCUCGUCGGUCACGGCGGUGGUGACGCCCGAGGGCGCCGCUCCCCUCCUUGGAGGCGUCGUUCUGGUCUGUUCCUCUACCCUCCCUCCUUGCCUCCCCGGAAAAAUCUUCAACACAGUUUGGACGGCGGCGGCGCCUUCGACGUCGCGUCCUUCCUGAAGCGCCAUUUUUGGGAGCUUGGUGGGCAUGGGGAUGCUCGGCAAUGUGCUUUGUGUGCAGCGGCGGCGGUAGCUUAUCUCCCACGAUGAUGGCGACUUCCUAAGUGACCCCUCACUUUUUAAGAGCUCUGCGGGCUGCUGUGAGGUGUCCUGCAAGGACUGUGGAUUCUCCACGCACGAGGGGAUCGGGUUCCCCUCCUAUGGAGACCCUUCUCAGCGUCGCGCGAGUGCAUUAGCCCCUCUUUCGGUGACUGCACUUUGGUACUCUUCGUCCUCCGAGAGAUCUAGCUGUUGCUCGUCUUUGUCCGUUUCGGCAUCUCUUCCUUUUCCGUGACCGGGCCGUGGGAUUUGGCGAUGCUCUGCUCUUGGUGAUAUGUACGUUGCUUGUUGGGUGUGCUACGUUUCUUUCCAGCUGCAGCCUGCCGGUGACUACCUCCCAUGUUCUAUGGAGAACUUCUUCUCUUGUCAACGGUGCGACGACUUUCAAGCCAAACGAGGAGGCAAGGGCCUUCUUUGACAUUGGAGCUGGGCGGAUGUGUCGUGUCGGGGCUUUCAGUGUUUAGACGACGGCGUGCUCUACCUUGUCAUUGAACGUGUUGAUCCAGAGCUGACAUUCUCCUUCCUUGUUGUUCUGCUCGCGCUGAGGACCUCUUCAUCUCCGAGCUAUGCUUCUCCGUGUCUAUCCUUUUUAGCUUGGUGUGUCUGAGGCUUGUGAACUGCUUACCAGCGCCUUCCUUCUCAAAAAAAAACACCAACCUCACGCACCUUAACCAGCUAACCUCCCACUCGCUUAAUGCUAUCUUAGGAUUAUUUAUCAGAUUUGUAAUGAUGAUUAUACUAAAUUAUACUAUUUGGAGUGUACCUUUUAUAAAUAUUUGAAUGGUUUUAUUGAUGUUAUAUUGUCUAGGUCUGCCACUAAUCAUCUACCCGCCUGCAAACAUCUACUAGUAGGGUAAGAUAUUUUAAGAACUGGGCUCAGUGUAGUGCAUAUUGCGGGUGUGGUAUUGGAUGAUUUACAGAAAUUAUCCCCUCAACAUUGCUUUAAUUUGGAUCUAACAGAUUUCUGGUUUGCCGCCCGGUCUAAAAAUCUACUGUACGUCCCAGUAUAGAUACAAAGAGAGGAGAAUCGAUCACGUUACCAGGGACUGCAAGAACGUAUUCACAAUACUCAGAGAAUGAUAUCGGAGCAGCUCUAAUACCACCGUUGGGAUGGGGAUAUAAUAUUGGCCACCAUAGAAGAUUGUCAAGUUCAAACAGCUACUGGAGUAGAUGCAAAGCUGCACUGGUCUGCGCCACACUGCUUCGUUGACUUGAUCAAGUGCAGCAGCAUACUCCGUACUGUAUUUGUUAACUCUCACGUCCUGACGUAAGCUGUGACGCCGUUCCUGAGUGAGACCAGUUUUGAGCAAUUUCCUUCAACAUUCCCUUCAGACAGAGUCAUAGGCAGCGCACGCGCGGCGCAUUCAGUUCUGAGCCUAUAAAAUCCAGUGCAGCCCCUCCUGGAUCGAUCACAGAGUCGGAGAACGAGCUCGGCCAUCUCCAUAGCCAGCCAGCCAGUCGGCAAGCAGAUAGCGCAAUGCCGCCGCCGUCGCCCGUGCGCGUGGUGUCGUCGCGCACGGUGAAGCCGCCGGCUCGGCCGCGCGAGCGCAUCCCGUUCGCCUCGUGGGACGUCUCCAUGAUAAACGCCAACUACAUCCAGAAGGGCCUCCUGUUCCCCGCUCCCCCGCCGCCCUUCUCCACCGGCGCCGCCGUCACCAGCCACCUCGCGGACGCCCUCGCCCAAGCGCUCGGCGGCGGCUACCACCCCGUCGCCGGCCGCUUCGUCACCGACCGCCACCGCGAUCACAGCGGGGCCGUUGUCGGGUGCUCGGUUUCUAUUGACUGCGACGGCCAGGGCGUCGAGGUCGUCCACGCCGUCGCCGACGGCGUCGCGUGGGCAGACGUUGUCCCUCCGGACGCCGACGUUCCGAGUGUCGUCGAGGACUUUUUCCCGCUCAACGACGCGAUCAACUACGACGGCCACGAGCUUCCCCUCUUCGCCGCCCAGGUCACCGAGCUCGCGGACGGCAGCGUCUUCGUCGGCUUCGUCUGCAACCACGCGCUGGCCGACGGCACGGCCUUCUGGAUCUUCCUCAAGGCGCUGGCCGAGAUCUCGCGCGCCAGGCUCGCGCCUCCGGGGGCGCCGCACUCGCUGACGUCGUCGCCCCGGCCCUUGUUCGAGCGCUGGUCGCCCGACGGAGGCACUGCGGCGCCGGUCGUGCUGCCGUGCAAGGACCUGUCGGAGCUCAUCGAGAGGCCGGCGCGGGUGCCGCUCCGCGGGCGCGUGCUGCACUUCUCGGCGGAGUCGAUGGCGGCGCUCAAGGAACAGGCCCGAGAAGAGCUCCUAGCGGCCGGGGACGCAGCGGGCGCGGCCGCCCUGACGCGGUACCAGGCUCUGACCUCGCUGAUCUGGCGGUGCAUCACCCGCGCCCGGCGGCUGGCCCCGGACGACGAGACGGCGUUCCGCGGGGCGGCCAGCAACCGCGGGCGGCUGCGGCCGGCGCUGCCGGCGGAGUACUUCGGCAACAGCCUCUACGCCGUCAGCACGGAGCCCGUGCGCGUGUCGGAGCUGCUGGCGCACGGCGGGCACGGGCGGGCGGCGGCGGCCGUGGGCCGCGCGGUGGCGGCGAACACGGACGCGUCCAUCCGGGCGCGCGUGGCCGCGUGGACGGCGCACCCCGUGGUGACCGUGCGGCUGACGAUGAUGGGGGGCUCGCCGUGGUUCGACGCGUACGGGUGCGACUUCGGGUGGGGGAAGCCGGCGGCGGUGCGGAGCGGGAGGGCGAACAAGAAUGACGGGAGGACGGUGCUGUACCCCGGGUGGGAGGGCGGAGGCAGCGUGGACGCCGAGGUGUCGCUGUCCCCCGGGCACAUGGCGGCGCUCGAGCUGGACGGCGAGCUCCGGGCCGCCGUGUCGUCGUCACGUGCCACUUUUGUUUCCUUGUAAACAUAGUUAGCAUGCACGACUAACCGAAUAAUUUAUAAAUUGCUUUUUAUAUUAAAA